GACGACUGUGCAGCCAGCCAGCCACCGACCGCACACUCACGGACCGCUGCUGCUGCAAUUGAAGGCUGUCGGAAAUUAAAGUGUGAAAAUUCGCCUCUCUGGGAAGCUCGUUGAAGUAGUUAUGUGCGUGGCGCUCCGUCGGCGUGCCGAUCCCGACGCUCCGUCCUCUCGUUACUGAUCACAUCGCCCUCGGUCAGGAUUGCCGGUGGUGACUUGCGCUUCGGCGAUUGACACCGUGGUGUGCGGCGACCGAGGUCCCGGCUCGUCACGGGAAGUGAUCCACUUCGAGAUCAUAUGUCAGCUUCAAUGUCCUCUUCGGUAUAGAGGAGCGACGUGCAUCUCUAGUAUGUGCCCUUCCGCGAGGACCCCCCAUGGUACAAGUUUCGUGAAGUCCUUGGGUUAUUGUCUUCACUGAAGCGUCGCUGUGCUCAACAUGGAACGUAAAAUCAAAUUGAAGACCCUCAACGUGCAUAUAACAUGCCGGAUCUGCAAAGGCUACCUCAUCGAUGCGACGACGGUGACAGAAUGUCUGCAUACAUUUUGCAAAAGCUGUCUUGUGAAACAUCUGGAGGAGAAAAACACGUGCCCACAGUGCGAAACGCUCAUUCAUCAGAGUCAUCCCCUCAACUAUGUCGCAUACGACAGGACGAUGCAGGAUGUUGUUUACCGAUUAGUUCCCGACCUCCAGAAAAAGGAGCUCCGUCGAGAACAUGAUUUCUACAAGAGUAAGGGCCUACCUUUCCCGAGAAACCUCCUCCCGAAUCUCCAAGCUCUGCUCAAAGAUAUUGAGCCGAACGCGAAGGAUGCAGAGCCGCAACCUGGGCCUUCCCAUCAGAAAGAUUCCGCUGGACGCACUGGCGAUGAUGAAAAUCGGGAUGAUAAUCAAGGAGAUUGCCACAGAAUGGACGAGCAGGUGAACCUCUGUCUGGAAUCCGAGAAUCCUGCAUCGAUGUCUCGCUUGGCUCGGAAGUUCGUUCGGGUGUCGGCUCAAGCGACUGUUACGCACUUGAAAAAAUUCCUAUCUAAGCAAAUUUACAACACGACCGCGAAGUAUAACGAGGUGGAAAUUCUCUGCAAUGAAGAACUUCUUGGGAAGGACCACACGUUGAAGUUUGUGUCGGUGACCCGGUGGAGGUUCAAAGAACCUCCACUGCGUUUGAAGUAUCGACCUAAGAUGGAGCUGUGAAAGAUGCUGAACUCUUUUAGGCUGAAGGACUGUUGAUAUAGUUUGAGUAUGGAAUUUGAAAGGAAACUUUAUUAUUGAAUACUUUAUUGUAAAAAAACGUGGAAUCGUUUAUUUAUGAGGGACAACCCGAACAGAGGCUGAACAGCAUCUACAUAUGUAAUAUACUCAAUGAACGCUCAAAUGCUCCUUGUAGAAAUCUGACAAUGAAUGCAUACCGUCAUGUGUCACUGGUGCGGAAAACGCUCACGAUUGAAUCACCAGUUAAUAAAGAAUCGUAA